UGCUCCUCCUUUUUGGCAUAAAGCGGAAGUGACGGGGAAGACUACACAAGCAUAGGCGACAUCUUGCGAAAGAUGUUGCGCCGAUCGCUGCGGCGCUGGCGGGCGGGAGCGAGAGCGCUCGUGCACCGUGGCUGCCCUCUUCCGAUGCCGAUACUACUAAGGAUUCAUGUACACAGGAGCAUAAGCCAGCGGUCGCUUUCGAAUAUUCGUGAAGCCUCGACGUCGACGUUUGCAUGCAAAUCAUCAUGCGCGAACGCUAGUGCUCUGGGGAGAACAGGCAUGUCCUCGCCACCUAUUUCCAAUCGGAGGAGAAGCUCUUCCCUCCCUAUUUUUCUUCCUGGGAAGACGAGGUUUGCUUCGACCGCGUCAGCCGCCGCAUGCGCACCUUCCAAAAGUAGCAAAAAGUCCUCCGUGCCUCUUGCGAGAAUGACCAAAGCUCCUCCAAGUACCUCAUCUAGUGGAAGUAAAACGUCAGCUAUUACCAAGCCCUCUGCUACAAUAAAUUCGAAAAAAUCUUGCUCGUCUUCGUCAGAAGCGCGUGCUGGCGUUAUGCGAGCGCGGUCGCGCACGUCGGAGGUGAUGAGCAAUGGUUCCAUGAUAAAAAGAUCCGCAGCACCAGCUGCUUCGUCAAGAAGAACACAACAAAUAUCCACGACGUCCUCCACGAAAAUAUCUACUGCUCCAAGAAGACUGGUGCCCUUGACGAACACUAAGUCGUCACCGUCAAGAAAAGUGCCUCUUUCUGCUGACGCACCAACGCCCUCAUCUGCAUCAACUGCGCCAUCAGUCAGGAAGUCCCCCACGGCGGUUUCCAAAGGUCCUGUGCAUCUACAAUUCCUGGGCCACACGCAAUAUAUCGACUUAGAGAGCGAAGCGGAUCGCGUUUGUGAGCGGAUUCUGAAGGAUAAAGUGCGCUUAAUCGGGAUAGAUGCGGAGUGGAACAUGACCUUCAAGAAAAACGCAGUUCAGCGCGUGGCUUUAUUACAACUGGCAUACGAGAUUCCCAAACCCAAUCCGAGAGCACGUGCAAGUUGGGCACCUGCACUCAUGCGAGCACACGAAUCGCUGCAGAGGCCGAUUCGGGUACGAGAACUUUGAUGGAACUGUUUACAUUGUACUAAAGUUACAGCAUUAUAUACUAAGACUACUAGUCUGUCUUGUAAUCUCAUCUACGAUGACAAUCGUAAUCGAUCAAGCAAAUGUGAAUCUGGAUGACAACAUGAGCUAUAGCUGCUGUGAACCCAUUUACAUGUAACACUCUCACUCUGAUAAGCAGGUGAAGCUCUUUCAUUUGUCGGAGUUUUCGCGUUUUCCCGCAGCACUUCGCAAGAUUCUGGAGGACGAUGAGAUCCUGAAGGUUGGCGUGAAUAUCAAAGGCGACUGCAGUAGACUCGUGAAAGAGCAUAAGAUAGAGGUUUCCGAGAACAAAGUUGCCUGGGUAGAUACGGAGAAGCUAGCCCGAAGAAAGAUUAGCCUCAGCAAGGAGCCAGUCGAAGAGGGAGCUGAAGAGGUCCUUGUGAAUUAUAUAUGUGUGUACGCAAAGAACUUCACGAUUUCGAGUGAAUGGCUCUUCUUGUCCUUUUGCGAAAUAAUGGAGUCUCACGACGAUAUCAUCGGGCUUCUUCACUUGUGCGAAACCUAGUGCAAUACCUUGAUGUCUAGCCACCCUAUUCCUUACUCCAAUCUCAGAUGCGGAACUACACAUUGGCGUCGUUGUGCAGUUAUUUCUAUCGUAUUUCCAUCGACAAGACAAGAGAGAUACGAUGUGGCAAUUGGGAGCGGUGGCCACUAACAACUUUGCAACAAAACUACGCAGCAACAGACGCAGCAACGCAUUUGAGUACUUAUUGGGCGUUAGAGAAAAUGGAAGACUUGCCAGAAAGUGAGCAACUGCGUCGCACUGCAGUACGUAGAAGUGGUCCGUCGUCGACAUCCAGUAGACCUUUCGAUUUGAUAGGCAUGAUACGACGGAUAGUAGAUGCGCCGGCAACUACUAGCUCCUCGUCUGCUGGUAGCAGUAGUGGUAGUACUGCUACUACUCCUCCCCUGUCUAGAAGUAGUACGUCGCCUUACAACAGCAAGAGUUCCCAGUCCCGAUCCUCGUCUGCUUCAUCAGGUGAAGCGUCGUCUUCAAAUCACUCUGCACGUGAAGAGCAAAACUCUGUUAUUUUGUUUAGGCCGCGUUUUCCAAGCGCUCAAGCGACGGAAUUGAGAACACGUGAACUCGACCGAUUUAUGCGAAAUGAGACAGGCUCGUCGCUGUUGCGUCUCGAGGUGCCAACGUGCUUGGAUGUUACGCUUCCAAGUUCGUUUUUCGACACUGCGCCGAAUUGUGAGCAAGAAAAUGUGGCGGAAAGUGAAACGGUUGAUGAAGAUCAGAGACCCGCCCCGCCAGAUGCUGAGAAGGAGAACGCUAGAGAAACAAAAGUUGGGGUGUCCGCUUCGUCUCUCAAUGUACUUACCUCAGUCUUUUCUUAUUGACUUAAGUUAGAGGCCAAGCAAGGGGCAGGGCCGGCAUAACUUGCAGGAGCAGGAGCAUGCUGCGCGGAGGGUCGCCGCUCACGCCUUCAGCUUUUCGGAGGACAUUCAUCAGAGGAGGCCAUCUCACCGGGGGAGAGGAGGGAGGCGGGGCGGAGUUUCAACAGGCUGGGUAGAAAGUCGCUAAGACCGAGAGGGCGCCGAAGGAAUGGGAGCUGACCCAACCCAACGCGCGCGCCAUGCGGCUGCACGCAGGAGAAAAAGAACGCGCUGCCGCCUGGGCGGGCCUGGCUGGCAAGUGCGCGAGCGAAUGCCUCACUGGAGUGCCUUUGAGCUAUGGGCGCAGUGGGUUUCUGGUUCAGAAACUCGACGCAGCGAGCCGGGCCAGCGUUUGGCUGUCUACGGUCUUCAUCUGCCGCAGAACCUGAGACUGGCGCACCGGUUAGGGCUCCCGGACAUCUUGGCGGUAGUGCUACUGCCUCACUCUUAUGGCGUCGACCUCUUCGCCAAGAUAGUCGCGAAGCCCUAAAAUUCACGGCGCGCACGAGCCAGCAGCGGGCCCAGGUGUAGAGAGGCCCCUAAGCUAGAUGGCCACUGGAGCCGUGCACUGCAGGGUUGGAGAUUUACGCUGCGGCCAAAGGUGGCUUUGCCUCCGUGCGGACAGUGACAAAGGCGAGCUGCUUCAGAAGAAACGCCUGGGGACGGGAGCAACGUACAGAAAAAGAGGACUUAUCGGCCGCGAGUAUGCACGGGGCGAGCCUCUCACUCAAUGCCUUCGCAAUUCGCUCGGCUUUGCGUAUGCCACGCGCAACCGCAAGCGUGGACGGAAUACGCCAGCACCGACGCAGUGGAGCUCGCUGCAGUCUGUUGCCAUGCUGGCGCCCUUUUCUGAGAAUGUUCGGCUCUGAGUGCCAGUGGGUCGCGGCUUUGCUUUCGGCCGCAGAACGCGAGCGACCCCAGAAGGGAGCGGCGCAGGGCAUUCAGCGCUUUGAAGUUGAAAAAGUAGCAAGGUGGCUGGAGGCGUGGCCCAGCCGCUUCGGCGGGACGGGGGGAGGCACAGGCGCCGCCUUGCUCAUUCGGCUCGCUGGCAGGCGUUUGCUCUUCUUUGGGGUGGAGCCUCCAACAUGCUCGGCGUGAGCUUGGCUGCGUGAUCGCAUUCGGAUAUUGAUAGGUAGCCCACACCACAGGAGGAGGGUGCUCUUCUUGUCUUUGUCUCUGUGUCUGUGCGUGGUUAUGUCAUGGAACGCCGCAGGGACGAAGCCAAACGCGCAAGCACUGACGGGAACCAGUGUGGCAGUACCUUCAGGCUCAGGCGUGCGGCUGCGUUUUGUGUUCUGUGAAAUUUGAAGGCCGCGGGGAACUGUCUGACUCUGGGCUUCGGGCUGGCAGCGUCUUAACAUAACCGGCGCAGACGCAGAGCUUUGACUACAUCCCUCGCUUUCUUAGUUAUUGUUAUACUUCAUCAGCGAAAGCAAAGCGCUGCCAACUAUCAGCAUCAAUCCCAACCCCCUUGCCUCGUGUUCUCCUCUCUACCCAAGUGUGGCUCGUAGUUUAAAUUAGAAGACUCAGUCUCAGCGCAAGAGUGGGCGAACUCUAUAACCUAAGGUCUAGUCUUGUUCCCAUCAGCAUCAUCAUAAUCAUUAUUUGCUUAUAAUUAGAGUCGCUCUCGCUCAUCGCUCAUUCUUGAACGUGAAAAACGCCACGUCAUUUGGUUUUUCCGAAAUCCCUAGUAUGUUACCUAGAGAAACUUCAAUGGAAAAUUCCACUAUUUCUUAUUUCGUCAUGAAUUUUCGUUGUUGGUUCGUCGUUCUCUGCUGGUGCUUCUCAUCAGUGAAUGUCAUUCAAACAUCUAUAUAAUACAGCAAUUGGUAUCCUCCGCGACGAGCAAUUACUCGUCCGACAGAGAAGCAGCAGAAGAGAUCGCGAAGAAAGCCAGGCGACGACGGAGAGUCGACCUUUUAAGCGGCGAGGCUGUGUCCAUCGCAGAAGAGCUCGACAAAUUUUUGCGCGAUCGGAUAGAGGCGCCGCCUGUGUCUGGAAUUUCAACGCCGGAAACACGGAAAAUGGCUAAAGAUUUUAUUGAGCAAGACGGGGGAACGGUGCUCACAGGCCCUCCUGGGCCUUCCAGAUCUAGUUUCGCAUCUAAGUCUAAGAGUAAGCGUGCGAGGACAAAAAAGCAGGAACUCGCUGCUUCACCCACUUCUAGUAGAGAGAAAGCAACUCAGAAAGCACUUCGUGGUCAGGACGACCAUGUCAGUUCAUCUGCCGCAAACACAAAAAACGUGGAGGAGGAUUCGUCCCUGCCAGUGGGUGCUGAAGAGAAUGAAAGCGAUCUUCCUGCGUGGAAACGUCGACGGUGUGCUCCGCCAGACUGGGCGGAUACGUCUUCCAUAGCUUCAGGACGCCUUAUUUCUAAGGAAUACAGUGCCCUGGUAACCGGAGGACAGGAAUCUGGCCAAGAUGAAAACUCAUCAGAUACAAAUGGGGUAGAGCUACCGGAUCCGGGAGGAGUGCGAAGCAAAAGCGUCGAUACGCAAGCAGGAGAUGCACGCGCAACGCCUUUGAAUUUUCGAGACGAAGGAAGCACGUCCGUAUCAUCCACUAGUAGUAGUCGGGGCUCAAAAUUCAGGCGAAAGAAUGCUACUGGCUUCGAGCGCACGCUUUCGGCGGACCUUGUCGCAAAACCAGACGCUAGUGUCGAUCAGCGUUUUUUUUCAGACGAGGCACACACAGACCCGGUGACAAAUUUGCAGUAUGAAAUGGUCGAGUUUCCAUCUUUACCUGCUGAAUCAAACGCCAGUGACACUCUCCCGAUUGCUUCCAGCGCGGCAAGCACAAGAAGUUCUGAAGGAGCCAAGACUGCGGACACAGCGCCAAAGUGGCACAUGUGUGUGCCUUGGACGAAUCCACAAAAAUACGCUUUUGUUUAUGUCCCGACCCGAAUUUUUGGUGUCACCAAGCUGGUCGGCUCUUCUACAUGGCAAGAAUCAUCCAACACCGGAAAACUCGGCGCUGCUGAUACUAGGACUUCAGGGUCACCACCAGCAGCAUCACCGCUAAAGUCCACGGCCCAGGAGGAGGAGACUGUGAAAUCGCGAAAGCCAAUUAGCUUGCACGUAGAGUUGACACACGCGAUGGAAAGAGUGUGGCUUCGAGUCUUACAACAGGGAUAUACUCUUGACGAGGUCGCAAAGGAAUUGAAUCUGAAAAGAAUAACCGUGAUCAGUUACCUUUCCCGUUCUUUGAUCUCCGGCAGGCACUACAUCUGGGGACCUCAUCUUGGAGUCUCGGAUUUGCAUCUAGCCCGGAUACUGGAUGCCCUAUCCGCUUCGGCGUCGACGUCCUCAGGGAACAGAAAUACUAUCCAAGCUGUACGGCCUGUUGCAGCAACGACAACGGCAUCUAAAAGCAAAACGGAAGGCACUAUGUCAAACACCACCGAGACCGGUAUUCAGGCAAAAGAAAGCAAGCAAGAGCAGGAACAUGAGAAAUCCUCCAUCUCGACGCCGGCAAGCUCGUUAAAUAGAAGUGCUACGACCACGCCCAAGUACGGUUUCGUGGGCACCCCGACGAUGACUUUAGAGCAAUUGGCUGAUGAGAUCGAACUCGACACCAUAAGGACAAGUAUAGCCGUACUGCAUCUGCGCCGCCUAGUGGAUGCAGGCACACCAGCAGAAAUCAGUGCUGUUGUUCCAGCGCUGUGCGCUGCGAAGCUCGAGAGGUACAAGUGGGCAAUACGGAAAUGGAAAAAAUUUUCUGUAUUUUCAUCCUCUGAUUACCACUACCACGCUGCAGGUGCCACAACAACUAGAACUGCUCCUAAAUUGAAAGUCGUAGACGAGAUCGAGAAAUAGUCACAGCUUUUCCAAGAUCGUCACAAAAGACCCCUAUACUAGUUAAAGUUGUACAGCUAUACAGAGGCUGACAAACCAUUGCUUUUUUUUGGUAAUUUAGAUUUUUUAGUUAGAGUUUCAGUUUGUCACAGUCUUUGCGAUAUAUUCCGAUAGUUAGUUACGCUAGCACUAUCAGGCUCACUUAUCCGUGUUUCCAAACGACCUGUAUGCAAUGUAGUUUCCGGAUCCCGUUUCGCUUUUCGAUUGAUAUUAUGGUAUGAUUGAUUGUGUUUGAAGAUUUUUACAUUGUGUAGUUGCUGCCACCACGCGUAACCGUAACUUUGCUGAUUGCCAUUCCUGAUAGUCGACCUUGAGGAAGGGGAUCGAUAUUUCUAUGUCUGAUGAUGACUGUGACUUCUGAUGUGUAUAGAAAUUCAGAAAAAGUCCCGAUCCGGAUCAGGCGGGUAAGAUACAAGGGAACAAAUCCCAUUUCGCGUUGACUAGGAACGUUCUACAAGAGGGUGCUCCUUGUUACCG